CGCAUGUUCCUGUGUGAGCGGCUAAUGGCUGUCCUGUGGCUGCUCCACGCUGCGUUUUCAUUCCCAGGACGCACGGUUACGCAUAAAUCCUCGCUCGCCUCUCUGCUCGGAAAGGCUGCAUCAUAAAGACGUCACCCUCCUGCUCGGGGCUGGUUCGUCCCAGCCAAGUAAAGUGCGCAGCUAUUCGGUAAAGCGCGAGCUAUACCACAACAAGAAGCGAGCACCAUGCCCGUGGAUAACGUGGGGCUUUCUCUGACAUCUCCUCGCGUGGAGACGAUCUCUGCGUCAAAUCCACAGCAGAGACAGCGUUAAAUUGUUCUGGGUUGGUGGAGAAAAAAGAGAGAGAGAGAGAGAGAGGGAGGACGUGAUCGCAUUGCGGGCUAAUUCAGUCGCAACGAACGCGACGUGGAUUUAAAGUGAUGGAAGGAACAGCCUCAACAGCCUCGGUCCCAGCCCCAGCCCCUGGCUCUGGCAUCCCCCCAUCAGCUCCGAGACCCCCCAUCUUCACGCCGUCCCGCAGCCUAUUAGAAUGGAGAAGGAGGGUAAAGUCUGAGUACAUGCGCCUACGCCAGUUAAAGCGCCUUAAAAAAGUCGAUGAGGUCAAGACCCUGUUCAUGUCCAACAGGCAAAAGAUUGAGCAGCAGGCAAAUCUCCUGAACUCAGAGUGGUCCAAGUUGAGGAUUCAGUCCGUCCCUGUUUCCACCUUUAGUGGAGCUCUCGCCAAUAAGAAGAUGUGUUCGGUGGAGUUUGGUUUCCCAGGAUUCAAAUCUCAAGCUGUUGCCAUGAAGCCGCUGUCAACGGUGGCAGGGAUUCCCUUCAUGUACUCGUGGUCCCCUCUGCAGCACAACUUCAUGGUGGAGGAUGAGACGUUCCUCCACAACAUUCCUUACAUGGGCGACGAGGUGCUUGAGCAGGACGAGGCCUUCCUGGAGGAGCUCAUAGACAACUAUGAUGGUGUCCARGGUGACAGAGAGGGGGGCUUCAUCAGCGACGAGAUCUUCAAGGAGCUAGUGGACGCCUUGAGCCAGUACUCUGACCAUGACGAUGAAGAUGAGGAGGAGUCUGCGGCGGUGGAGGCUGCGGGGAAGAAAGAGGAGGAGAGGAUGAUGAGGAGGAGCUCGGCUGAGGCUUCGGAGGAGAACAGAGCUGGAGCGUUAACCAGGAGGAAAAAGAGAAGCGCUGUUGAGGUGCGGGAUUUGUCCGGCAGUAAGAGGAUCCCCAGCGAUAAGAUUUUCACAGCCAUCGCCUCAAUGUUUCCCUACAAAGGCACCACYGAGGAGCUGAAAGAGAAGUACAAGGAUCUACUGGAGCCUCCGGGCCCAGUGAAGCUGCCCCCCCUCUGCACCCCCAACCUAGACGGACCCUUUGCGAAGUCUGUGCAGAGAGAGCAGUCGCUGCACUCGUUCCACACGCUCUUCUGCAGACGCUGCUUCAAAUACGACUGUUUCCUCCACCCUUUCCAUGCUACACCAAAUGUUUACAAGCGGAAGAGCAAAGAGAUCCGCAUGGAGACCGAGCCGUGUGGUGACGACUGUUUCCUGUUACAGAAAGGAGCUAAAGAGUUCUUGGAUCAGAAUGCGUUACGGUCACAUAGAUCUCGGAGGCGACGGCGGCAGCAGCGCCCCACCAGUUCUGGUUGUGCCGGACCAACGGGGUCUGCUGAGGAGAGCAAGGAGGGCGACAGUGACCGUGAAACCACCUCCUCCUCAGAGGGGAAUUCGCGCUGCCAGACUCCCACCAAGCUGCGUCCAGGCGAGGAGGAUGGGGAACAGCAGGCAUGCUGUGUGGUCCAGUGGAGUGGGGCAGAAGAGUCGCUGUUCAGGGUUUUGCACGGCACAUACUUCAACAACUUCUGCUCCAUCGCUCGUCUCAUCGGUACCAAGAACUGCAAACAGGUSUACGAGUUUGCCGUCAAAGAGGCUCUGAUUCACCGCGUUCCUUUGGAAGAUGGAGGCAUCUCACCCCAGAAGAAGAAAAGAAAACACAGAUUAUGGGCAAAAAUUCAGCUGAAGAAAGAUAACACAUCCAAUCAGGUGUACAACUAUCAGCCAUGUGACCACCCCGACCACCCCUGUGACAGCUCCUGUCCUUGUGUGAUGACCCAGAAUUUUUGUGAGAAGUUCUGCCAGUGUGAGCCUGAGUGCCAGAACCGGUUCCCGGGCUGCCGAUGUAAGACCCAGUGCAACACCAAGCAGUGUCCCUGCUACCUGGCUGUGAGAGAAUGUGACCCAGAUCUCUGCAUGACCUGCGGAGCCGCUGACCACUGGGACAGCAAAGUGGUGUCCUGUAAGAACUGCAGCAUUCAGAGGGGCCUAAAGAAGCACUUAUUACUGGCUCCAUCAGACAUUGCUGGGUGGGGAACGUUCAUCAAAGAGCCUGUUCAGAAGAAUGAGUUCAUCUCGGAAUACUGCGGAGAGCUGAUCUCCCAAGACGAGGCAGACCGACGUGGAAGGAUCUAUGACAAAUACAUGUCGAGUUUUCUUUUCAACUUGAAUAACGACUUUGUGGUAGAUGCUACUCGAAAGGGGAACAAAAUUCGUUUUGCAAAUCAUUCGGUUAAUCCCAACUGCUACGCUAAAGUUGUGAUGGUUAACGGAGAUCACCGUAUUGGAAUAUUUGCCAAACGAGCAAUCCUGCAAGGAGAAGAGCUCUUCUUUGACUACAGAUACAGCCAAGCCGACGCCCUCAAGUAUGUGGGAAUAGAGAGGGAGGUGGACUUGGCUUAGCUUUGCAGCUGUGCUUAGAGACUGGCUUUGUUUUUCCACCACUCUGUUCGUUAUGCAAGCUUUUACGGCGUACAUAAUGUUGAUCAGUGAAUUGCAUGAGCUGUCUUUUUUGGCAAAACCAUCAAUGAAACAUGUUAGCCGCUGCAUUAGCUUGAGUCGAAUGCUCCUCCUGUGCAAAUUAUUCAAUAUUGUAGUUGAUGAUGUUACGCUCUGACUGGUCCUCGAGGGGAAAAAAUAUGAUCAGGCUCAACAGGCCGGUUUGUUUCUCUGUGAUUCUUUACAGCAGCUAGCACCACUACCGUAUCAAUGUUAGACAAAAACUCCACAUGCAUUUUCAUCAGUUCUUGACAAAAAAAAAGAAAAGGGCAAGUAGAUGAGAAACCGACUGAUUGAAUGUAACUCGUAGAUGAUGAAGAAGCGAUCCCACCCAUCUUUACUUUUUACAUUACCCUAUUAUUGGUACUAAUGUAUAUGCAUUACAGUAUAGCGUUGUGUGGACAUAAACACACCUGUAAAAAAAAUAGCAGAUAAAUUAGUCAGAUUAAGUGUCUUCCUAUAAAACAAAAAAGUGCCAAAUGGUUCCUCAUUGAGAUGCUACAUCCUUUUGCAUGUGACUUUAUGUUUACUACCAGAGCUUCGUUUUAAGGUGUCUGUUACAAGAUUAUAAUGAUAGUAAGAGCAAAGUUGUCAGCGUUUGACAAAAUAUUGAAGUCACAGUCAUGUGUAACCUGUCAUUUCUAAUGUAUCGUUUAAAGUCCACAUUAUUGUACACUCUUUUUUUUUUCAUUUAUUAAAGCCAACUACUUUCAAA